UUCCAGCAUUGCCUCUCACAUUCUGUUUCCUUCUAAACAGUGCAUGAAAAAAUGUCUCAAGUGUCUCUUCAUGGAAAGUUGAAGUAUGAUGUAGAGUACAAGACUCCUGCUGACCAGGUCUACGAGUUCUGGAGCUGCAACUUCAAAGACAUCCCAAAAGCCUGUUCUAAAAUAAUACAUAGCAUUGAGUUACUCCAAGGUUGCUGGGGAAAAGAAGGCAGCAUCCAUGUCAUGACAUAUUCCCUUGUUGAGGCAAUGGAUUGCAAGAAGAAAUAUAUGAGUCUCAAAGUCAUUGGUGGGAAUCUUUUGGAUCACUACAGGAGUAUUAAGUUCAUUCUUGAACAAGUUACCCCAAAAGGUGAUGGGGCCAGCAUGGCAUGCUGGACUAUGGAGUACGAGAAGCUGAAUGAAAAUGUUCCAGACCCAAUUGCAUUGCGUGAUGCAGGCGUUAAUACCAACAAAGCCAUUGCUGCUUACCUCUCUCAGGCUUAAAAAACAGAGAAACCUUAUGUGUAACAUGCCAGCUAUAAGCUAGCUAACCUUAUUAAGUUAUGGAUGACUAUGUAAUGGUACUACAAUAAAAGCUAGCAAGUUAGCUGGUCUAUAUAAAUAAAAGCCUGAGUGUUGUAAUGUGUCUGUGCUCUAUCUGAUUUAUGUUAUAUGUGUGAUCAACUAAAGUUUUUAGGUGGAU